AGUGCUCAUCGGACAAGCCUCCAGAACGGUCGUGUUGUUCAUGCAUCGCAAGAUAGCGCAAAAAUGUCGAUAACGAGCGUGCUUCUUGUGGUACUUUGUCUAGUGGUGUCUGCUAUUUUGCUCUAUAUCAGAAGCCGUCAUCGUUUUUGGUCGGAUCGAAAUUUUCCAUGCGCUCGUGGGAAACCAAGCUUCCUAUUCGGUCAUUUAAAGGGCGCGUUCUCAAGCAUACACGGAUGUUACAUUAAUCAAAAGCUGUACCAAGAGUUCAAACGCAGAGGUGAACGUUUCGGUGGCUACAGUUUCUUUGUGAUCCCAUCGGUGACCGUGAUCGAUCUGGACCUAGUCAAAACAAUCCUGGUACGGGAUUUCAGUAUCUUUCACGAUCGAGGUAUAUACAACGACCCCAAAGCAGAUCCUCUAUCCGGGCAUUUGUUUCUACUAGAGGGCGCUCCUUGGAGAUCGAUGCGCAGAAAGCUAGCUCCUACCUUCACAUCGGGCCGCAUGAAGAAUAUGUUUGGUAUGAUGAUUGAUGUCGCGGAAGAGUUCAAAAACUACAUGAUGAAAAAUUAUGACCGACAGCCGGAGAUUGAGAUGAAGGAUGUUGUAUCUAGAUUUACUACCGACGUGAUUGGAACGUGUGCCUUCGGAAUCGAGUGUAACACAUUUAAUAAUCCAGACUCGGAGUUUUUGAAAUAUGGGGAAAAAGCAUUCAAUCAAAACGUAGCCGAUUUGAUGAAAUUCGUAUUUGCACAACUGUUUAAAAAAACUUCACGUUUAUUAAAAGUGAAAUUGACCGACUCUGGAGUGGAGAAAUUUUUCAUUGGCCUCUCUCGGGAGACCGUGGAAUUUCGUGAGAAAAAUAACGUCCAGAGGAAUGAUUUCCUCAAUCUACUAAUUCAGAUUAAAAACAACGGAGCCCUGACGGAUAAUCCUGAAGAGACAGUUAAUCAGACCGAGAUAGGCCUCACUGCGGAUGAAAUAGCAGCACAGUGUUUUGUGUUCUUCGUUGCCGGAUUUGAAACUUCGUCGACAACAAUGAACUUCUGCUUGUAUGAACUGGCCAAAAAUCCGGACAUUCAGGGGAAGCUAAGAGACGAGAUAGAGAGUGCGAUAACAAGAAACAACGGUAAGAUCACGUAUGAUUUGGUGAUGGAGAUGCAGUACCUUGAUAACGUCAUCAAUGAAACACUACGGAAAUAUCCCCCCAUCGAAAGUUUGAACCGAACCCCGGAUUCAGAUUAUCGAAUUCCCGACUCUGAGUAUGUGAUUCCUAAGCACACCUCGGUCAUCAUUCCGGUGUAUGCGAUCCAUCACGACGAAGACAUUUAUCCCGAUCCCGAACGAUUCGAUCCUGACCGGUUCCUACCGGAGGUGGUAUCCUCCCGGCAUCCGUAUAGUUUCCUGCCGUUCGGAGAAGGACCUCGGAUCUGUAUCGGACUUCGCUUUGGGGUAAUGCAAGCCAAGGUCGGAUUGAUCACGCUACUGAGGAGUUUCCGGUUUUUGCCGUCUUCACGUACACCUGACACGAUCCGGUUCUAUCCUGGAUCUUUUGUGCUGUCACCGAUGGAAGGCAAUUACCUAAAAGUGGAACGGAUUGCUACCAAGAUUGAAUGUGCGCAGAGAGUAGUGACCGUCAUCGCUCACAGAGCAGCACAACGCAAUUUCAUCAGUCACUGGCGGCCGUUCGGAAAAAUCAGAUGCGUUUUAGAGCGAAAAACAUGCGCGAUGUUUGAAUGUAUAUUAGCGAUCGUCAUCACCGUCGUGCUCGCCACCGGUGCCAGCUGUUGGUUGUUUUUGGACAAACGGCGCAAUUUUUGGAAGCAACGAAAUUUCCCGUGCACUGGCCGGGCACUGCUGAUGUACGGUGACUACAAGGAAACGGCCCGAACCGAACAUAUGCAGGUGACCAAUCAGCGGUUGUAUCGGGAGUUCAAAGCGAAGAAGGUACCGAUCGGAGGAACGAUACUUUUUAUUGGCAAAGCGGCCCUUGUUAUCGAUCCGGAACUGAUCAAGGCAAUUUUGGUGAAGGAUUUUAAUAAUUUCCAUGAUCGCGGUAUCUACAACAAUCCGGAAGUAGACCCAUUAUCGGGACAUCUGUUCAACCUGGAAGGCCAAGCAUGGCGUCAGCUAAGGACGAAAUUGUCACCGACGUUCACCUCGGGAAAGAUGAAGAUGAUGUUUGAAACCAUUCUCGGAGUGGCGGAUGAGUUCAGUGGACUGUUGAAUGAGCAAACAUCGAAUGGAAAAGUGGAGUUGGACAUGAAGAACAUUUUCGCUGCCUUCACGACGGACGUGAUCGGAACGUGCGCUUUCGGUAUCGAGUGCAACAGUUUGCGUUACCCGGAUUGUGAAAUUCGCCAGGUAUCGUCGAAAAUUUUCCAGCAAUCCUCCUGGCAAAUUUUGUGGAUGAUGUUACUGAUGACUUUCAAAGGAGUGGCUACCAAACUGAAGUUGAAAGCUAUGGCACCAGAUAUAGAGAAAUUUUUCAUGGAUCUAGUGCGCAAUACGGUGGAGUAUAGAGAGAAGAACAACGUCCAACGGAAUGACUUCAUGAAUAUGCUGAUCCAGAUGAAGAACAGUGAAAAGCUGGAGGAAAAGUUAACAAUGAAUGAAAUAACAGCGCAAGCGUUCCUAUUUUUCUUGGCGGCGUUCGAUACAUCGUCGACAACCAUGGUAAACUGUUUGUAUGAGCUGUCGUUGAACCCAGAUAUUCAAAAUAAACUACGACACGAAAUCCGACAAGUCUGUGGCAACGGAAAGCUAACUUACGAAUCGGUUAGCUCCGUCGAAUAUCUUAACAUGGUUAUCGAUGAAACCCUCCGAAAGUACCCGCCUUCGGAUAUUUUACUGAGAACAUGCAACAAAAACUACCAGAUUCCGGAUAGUGAUCUUAUUAUACCGGAACGGGUGAUAGUCAUAGUUCCGAUACAAGCCAUUCAUAACGAUCCGGAAUACUACCCGGAACCGGAACGAUUCGAUCCCGAACGGUUCAGUGCCAAGAACCGAGCGGAAAGACAUCCGUUUGUGUAUUUACCGUUCGGAGAGGGGCCCCGUAACUGUAUCGGAAUGCGGUUCGGUUUGAUGCAAACCAGAAUCGGAUUGAUCACAGUUCUGCGAAACUACAGUGUGGAGACCAGUGAAAACACACCGAUUCCGCUGGUAAUCGAUCCGAAGUCUGCACUUCCCUCGUCCGUAGGGGGUAUCCCGUUAGUACUGCAGAAGAUUUGAAAGGCACGUGGAACCGGUUAGGGAUCAUUCGAAUUUGAACCCAAAUAUUCAGUUGAAUAUUGAGAUAGUUGUUAUUAUUAGAAGUUAAAUAAAGAUAGGAUUUUAUUCAAAAAAA